AUGGAGAAGCCAACGCCGCUCAUCAACUCGUCCAUGCUCUCCCAAUACUCCGGUCAGACCGUCCGCAUCGUAGGCAAAGUCCAGAAGAUCACAGGCAACACCCUUCUCAUCCAAACCUCCGACCAGGGCAACGUAGAGGUUGCGCUCAACCCGGAUUCCGACAUCACGGGCAGCACCUACGUCGAGAUCACCGGGAAAGUCAGCGAAGGCGGAAGCGAUAUGGAUGGCCACCUGAUUCGAGAGUUUGCGAUCGUCGAUUGUGGAGAUGGUGUCGGUAAGUUCAGUGCAGCGGUGAGACGGCGAUGGCAAACAGGCAAAGAGUUCGCUGACACGAUAUCACACUUGCGGUAUGUAACAGAUAUGACACUUGUGGAGAACGUCGUACAGAUCUCGUCGUCUUUCCCAAAUCUCUUCACUGAUUCCACUUGA